AUGAGUCAUCAGUGUGUUCCCAGCUGGGAACUUGAUGACAAUCGCGCCACAGCUCCCAAGCUCUCCCUUCGCUCCCACUCCAAUUCCAGCGCAUCAGACAUGCCCAUGUUAGACUACGAAGUAGCAGAACUAACAUGGGAGAACGGCCAGCUAGCCAUGCACGGCCUAGGGCCACCGCGCGUGCCAGCCAAACCAAUAGCAUCCACUCCAACCUCUAAGUACACAUGGGACAAGCCACGCGCCAGUGGCACCCUUGAAUCCAUUGUCAAUCAAGCCACAUGUGUCCCUCAAUGCAAUAAACAACCUUUUGACAGCACUGCUGGUUCAGACAAUGACCUCGUCCCAUGGUUUAACCGCCAUAAAGCUUCAGCUUCCGCCACAAUGACUAUGGACGCUUUGGUCCCUUGUUCGAACCAGUCUGAUCAAGACCGGACCAAGCACGUGAUAGACUCCAGCCCCGCGGGAUUAGGCACGUGUUUGGUGGGUUGCUCCACUCGUGUGGGGUCUUGCAGUGCCCCAACCGCCACGCAAGACGAAGAAGGUUUCCUCACUGGGAAACGUGCGACGGUGGCGCGUGUCCGAGUCCCACCUGAGUGGAGCAGAGACCAAAGCGUCAACUAUAGUGCCACGUUUAGCAACAAGGAUAGCCAGCAAGUGACGGUGGACAGUUGUGAGAGAGAGUUCGGUGUUGGGCUUACCUCCACUUCUUUUGGGUCGCAAGAAAACACGAGCUCAGGCACCAAGCCAUGUACGAAGACCCUCACUGCUGAUGAGAAUGACUCAAGGGAGGCAGGUGACGAAGAUUACAAGAGGAAAGGAAAUGGGAAGUCCUCAGUUCCUACUAAAAGAAGCAGGGCUGCUGCUAUUCAUAACCAAUCUGAACGAAAAAGGAGAGAUAAGAUAAACCAGAGGAUGAAGACACUACAGAAACUGGUCCCUAAUUCCAAUAAGACGGACAAAGCCUCAAUGCUUGAUGAAGUGAUCGAAUAUUUGAAACAACUGCAAGCACAAGUACAAAUGAUGAACAGAAUGAAUAUGCAACCAAUGAUGUUGCCACUGGCUUUGCAACAGCAGCUCCAAAUGUCAAUGAUGGCCCCAUUGAGCAUGGGGAUGGCCGGUAUGGGAAUGGGAAUGGGGGUCCUGGACAUGAACACAAUUGCAGCUCGUUCCAACAUGACAGGAAUUCCUCCAGUACUUCACCCCACUGCUUUUAUGCCUAUGACUACAUGGGAUGGCUCUAGUGGUCAUGACCGGAUACAAACCGCGGCUGCUUCGGCUACUGUAAAGCCAGACCCAUUGUCUGCGUUCCUUGCAUGCCAAUCUCAGCCAAUGACCAUGGAUGCUUACAGCAGGAUGGCUGCCAUGUACCAGCAGCUACAGCAACAACCUCCUGCUUCUAAUUCUAAGAGCUAA